GGCGUGGCUGAAAAGGGGGGUUCGCCCAGGGAGCCAUACAAGCUAGAACCGUCACUGCUCCAGCCUUUGGGAAUCUCGCUCCCUGCAAGCUCCAGUCCAAUUGGGCACGCUCUGCUCCUCGCUCCGCUCACUUACUGUGAAUAGAACACGACACAGUUUACGUCUGUCUUCUAUAUAUAAUAUCGCAAUGUAGAGCCAUGUGGAGAGCGGCGCUCUUGCUAUUGGACACUUAAAUGGUGAAGUUCAUCACCAUUGGUUAACGCGUUUCCAUUCUAUCCGUCCAAUCAUAGGGACACUCGAGGUAUAUUAGUACAAUAAUCCUCAACUGCAUUACGUAAAGGCGGACAGAAAAGUCGCUGUAUAGCACUGUUGGUAUUUGGAUUGAUAAGUGACAAUAUAAUAAUUAACAUGUCUGGUAGAGGCAAAACUGGAGGAAAGGCCAGAGCGAAGGCAAAGUCCCGUUCAUCCCGCGCCGGCCUUCAGUUCCCCGUAGGACGUGUCCACAGGUUACUGCGCAAAGGCAACUAUGCGGAACGUGUCGGUGCCGGAGCUCCUGUCUAUUUGGCUGCGGUGCUGGAAUACCUAACGGCUGAGAUCCUCGAGUUGGCUGGCAACGCUGCAAGGGAUAAUAAGAAGACCAGGAUCAUCCCUCGCCACCUUCAGCUGGCUGUCCGCAACGACGAGGAACUCAACAAGCUUUUAGGUGGUGUCACCAUUGCGCAAGGAGGAGUAUUGCCUAACAUUCAGGCGGUCCUCCUACCCAAGAAGACUGAAAAACCAGCAAAGAGCAAGUAACCAGCUAGCUACAGAUAACAAAACAAAAACCUGAGCUCCGUUAAGAGCCACCCACUUCUGUAUAAAGAGCCUCCUUUUCAAAUUAAUGCCAGCGCAACCCGAUACUGGAUGCUUGCAGACGGACAAUGCUUCAUGUUAUUGGUUUCCACGAUGCGCAGGCACAGUCAUUGGACUAUUCAUAUAAAUGUAUGGACAUUUUCGUAUACCAAAUUUGACACGGUCUCUUGGAUAUGAGCUAUAAAUGGUGGUUCAUUUGCGGGUGGGGUGAAUAACGCAGAGAUUGUGUUUAUAUUUAGUAGUGCUGUAUCAACACUUUGUGUUAAACAAAGUGAUGUCAUGUCUACUUGAGUGAAAUUGUUUAUUUCAAUAAAUGUUCUGUACUGAUACAGGGAACGCGCA